AGGCAAUCUCAUCUGCUCCAUAGUCCCAGUCAGCUUCGGCGAAAAGGCUCUUCGAUGAGCAAUCAUCCUCACUCCUUCGCACCAGAACAUAGACGACGUCAAGAAGUAGUUGACGACGUCCCAGAGCAAGUCACUCCACCUCAGUACAGCCGGCCCCUACCCAAAGAGGGAAGCAGCGACAGCAACCCGCUCGAUUCGUCCUCGUCCUUUGACUUGGCAGACUUCGCCGUGCCCUUGCCUUCUGGUCGACCACCAUCUUGGCUGGCCAAGCUUCCACCUGGACCCAAGGAGACGCCAACACAGUCGAUCCGCAAGAAGCAUCGCAGCGUGCGCUCCCUGACGAAGGAAUACGAGUCGUCGGCGCCCUGUGCCUUAUCGUCCUCUUCGCCUCUGGGCUCAGCAGCAACGACGCCCUCGCCCCAUUCCGGCACUUACGACCCGUUCAAUAGUAGGCCAAAUACAAAGCGCGCGACGCCUGAUAGCAAGGUGGCUUCCUCAUCACCCUCGUCUGUCCCCGCCUCCGCUGCGCCCCUCUCACCGCGCAACUCGAACAGCCUCGCUGCUGCAUCGACGCAAAUGGCAGAGGAGCAACACAAGCAUUCUCAUCAACAUCUGCCGACCUUGGCCGUAUCGCUGGACGAUGAUCAGCCAGGAGCAGCAGCAGGCAGCUCAGGUGGGCUGGGCAGGAGCAAGUCACAUGUAGGCCAUCAUGAGCGAACACCAAGUGGUUCACUAGAUACAGACCUUCCCCGCCCACAAGACGAGGAGAACGACUCGCUUGGCGAAUUGGGUCGUUCCCAGUCCCUGUCGACUCGCAAGUCCCUCUCGCAGAUGUCAGCUGCUGAGCGCAGAGAGCAUUCGCGCAAGCACUCCCGCGUUCACUCACGCAACCUGAGCGUCUUCUUCCCUCAACCGGGGACAGAGGCAGAGGUCGAACAGGACAGAUACAAGGUUGGGAUGAACUUUAGCAACGGUGGCGGACAGCCCGCUGGCGCCCUUCGACCUCCGAUCUCAGUAGACACGGCCUUUGGCGGUAGCGGCGACACCCAGCUGCCGAGUGCAGACUCCCUCAUGGGCGGCGACAGCUCUUCAGCAUUCGCGAGUCCCAGUCCGACGAAGAGCCGUAGAGGUCAUCACAGCAAGCACAGCGUUAGCUACCAGCAACACCAAUUGCUAUCGCCCAUCAAGGGCGGCGCUGGCGGUAUGACGCGCGACUCCAGCAACGAAAGCCUGGCGUGGUCGGAGGCCUUGUCCAGGAGUGCAUCAUUGCAGUCCAAUGUGACGCCUCAUGAACAUAGCCCUGCCGCUCAUGCCCAUUCUCACGAUCACCACCACGGCCACCACCAUCAUGGCCAUGAGCAUCACUCGCAUUCGCAUGUCCACAAGCAUGAACAAGGCGGCGAGUCAGCAGCAAAGAUUUUGGGCUUCUUCCCCCGCCUCCCCCCGCUGCCCCCACAGCUCGCCCCGACUUUCGCGUACUCCCUCGCCCAUUUCCUGCUGGGAUCCUCGCUCUGGGUAUCGGGUCAAUCUACCGACCUCCUCUCUGUAACGGGCAUGGGAUACCUAGUCGUCUUCGACUCGCUUGGCUCCUUCAACGAUGUGCUGGCGCAAUGGGUGGGCUCGGUGAAGGGGCGGUCACACGGCAAAGACAGACAUAGGGUCGCAGAAGCCUACUCGACGCAGAGAGUCGGGACGCUGCUCAACUUUGUGCAGACGAUUUACCUGCUUUUCGCGGCAGUGUAUGUCUGCAAGGAGUCGAUUGAGCAUGUGCUUCUUGAGGGCGGGGAGAGUGAGGCAGCUGCGGCUGAAGGGGGGGUCGAUGGGGGGAGCUUGAAUGUGGCCAUGGGUGGCGGUGCGGGUCAUCACCACCACGAUGGUCUCGUUACCCCCUCGGGCCCUCUGUCAGCCGCGACAAAUCCGGGCACGCAGCUGCCGACAGUCCUCCUAGUCCUGGCGACCGUAGCGUGCCUCUUCGCCAACCUCUUCAUGGCCAAUCAUGCAAGCCUCGUAGCCGCCUCUGGCCUGUCGACCUCUUCUUCCCCCUCUUCUCAAGCAUCGCGCCGUCGAGCACACGGCCGCUCAGCCUCAGUGCUAGUCUCUACCUCACAAAUGGCUGCAGGCCCCUUCCUCUCCCUCCUCUCCAACCCUUUCAGUCUAACUGUCCUCUUCUUCUCUUCCUCCCUCCUCUUCGCUGCGCUCAGCCUCUCUCCCCUCCAAGUGCAGGCGUUAGACAAAGUCUUGGCGGGGCUGGAGAGCGUGGCCAUGUGGUACGUUGCUUUGCCGGCCAGCAAAGUGCUGGGGAAGGUGCUGCUACAGACAGCGCCUAAUGUCAGCAAGGAGGAGGGCGGCAGAGCCCAGCUGGUGCAGCUGAUGAGGGCCACCAAGGCGCUUGAGGUGGAGCCCUUAAUUGAGCAUAUUGCAGCACCCAACGUAUGGCAGUUGACGCCUUCCACUUCGGCGUAUCAAGGAGGGACGAAGCAUGGCAAAUCAGGCGGCGCAGGCUCGCUUGGCAGCCUCGCAGCCGCAGCUGCCAGUCUGGGCGUGAGCUCGACCCACUCUACCUCUUCGACACAGAAACGAACAGCGCAGUCGCCUUCGCUCAUCGCGUCCAUCUCGAUCCUCCUCCGCGACGAGGCUCAGGACGACGAUGUACUCCGUAUCACGAGAUGGGCCUACGAGAGGGGAUUGCGGCUGCUGUUGAGGCUGAGCAUGGGCAUGCCCAUGGGCAUCAUGAUCACUCGCACGGCGGUUGUGGGCAUGGGCAUGGGCAUGGGCAUGGGCACGGUCACGAUCAUCAUCACGUUCACGACCAUGACCACCACGGGCACGAUCACAGUCACGCCCAUGACCACACCAUCACACCCUCACACUCGCACGACGCCCUCGCCGGUCAUCAUCAGUCUCAUGAUCACCACGCUCAAAUCCACGCGCAUUACGAUCACGAUCACGGCCACGGUCAGAAUCAUGACGAGCAUCACCACGGGCAUUCCCACGAUCACCAUCACCAUCAUCACCACCAUCAUCACUAGACUCUUCUUUCCGGCGAUAUCGAGCGAUGUCGCGAACGCUCUUACUUGA